AUGUUCCGAAUUCUUGAAUCGCAAGCUCCGGCCAAACAAACGGCAACGGACACAAUCGAUGUCCUCAGCGGCCGACUACAGAACGCAACGCUGUUGGAGGAUCGACGGGCCGCAAUCCAGGGACUUCGAAGCUUUGCAAAGCUCUAUCCAGCGUCGGUUGCGUCGGGUGGCCUCCGAUCCCUGAUCGGCUGCCUACACAAUGAUCAUGAGGAUGUGGACACCAUCAAAGUGGUCCUCGAGACCCUGUUGAUGCUGUUCACUCCCGACGAGAAAAGUCCUGAAGCUUCAGAUGAGAUUGUACUCUGGUUGGCGGAUGAAUUUACUCAGCGACAAGACAAUAUCACGACCUUACUGGAUCUCCUUGAGGCCCGCGAUUUCUAUUCCCGUCUUUAUUCACUCCAAUUGAUGUCUCAUAUUUGUGGCGCGAGACCAGAACGAACUCAAGAGUGCAUUUUCACCGCACCAUUGGGCAUUUCGAGAUUAGUCAAUGUGCUUACCGAUAUCAGAGAACCUGUCCGGAAUGAGGCCCUCAUCCUCCUGAUCGCAUUGACCCCCGCCUCGGAAGAGCUACAGAAGCUUGUCGCUUUUGAAAACGCCUUUGAAAUCAUAUUCUCUUUAGUCGAGGCGGAAGGCUCAUUGACUCACGGCACAGAAGUAGUCGAGGAUUGUCUUUCCUUGCUCGCUCACCUGUUGAGGUACAAUGUGUCUAACCAAUCCUUCUUCCGCGAGACGGGAUGUGUAAAGAAAUUGACAACCCUUCUCGCUGAAUGCCAAGUGGAACCAGAAGGAGAAGAUCUUCCUCCACAGUGGUCUUUGGUCUAUCGGGAUAAGAAUGUUUGGGGCCUCUUAGCUAUCAUUCAACUAUUCUUGAUCCGUGGCGGUGUCGGGACGCCCAUGAACCAGACCUCGUUCUGGCAGAAUGGUGUUACGGAGCAGGUCUUGAGCAUAGCAUUUGGCCAGAAAUUCAGCGUUAACGUUACGUCUAAGGCUCUCGCAACCUGUGCGGAUCUGAUUCGUGGAAAUCCACCAUUGCAGGAGAGGUUUGGUGAUAUCGAGAUUAUUUGGGGAUCCCGGUCAAAAGGCGAGACAGAAUCGAAUGGCCAUACCGAACCGGAAAGAAUCAAUGUGAUCGAGGCCUUUUUGAAACUCAGCCUACAACCCUCUCCUAACAGCAUGUUGGAUGCACGUCUUGCAGCCUGUGAAUGUAUGAAGGCAUUCUUUGCCCACCACCCUGGAAUUCGAAUGCAUGUUCUCAAACGUGCGAUUGAGGGUCAUAUCAGUGGACAGGAUCGAAUUCCCAACAUUUUAUCAGUCUUACUGACUCCCCCUGAGUCUCGGGGAAAUGCUGAUCCGUAUCAAGUCUGGAUGGCGUGCGUUCUAAUGUUCCAUCUGAUCUUGGACGAUACCGAAGCGAAGGCCACGGCUAUGGGGGUUACAGAGGGAGAUGCUGAGAGCGGCGAAGAAGUUGUCACAAGUGUUCAGUUAGUAGUCGGGAACUUGAUCACUGGUUUACAACGCGGAGACGACGAAAGAAUUACUGUCGGCUACUUGAUGUUACUCUGUGGCUGGCUGUUCGAAGACCUUGAUGUUGUAAACGACUUCCUCGGCGAAGGCAGCAGCAUUCAGACGCUCUUGCAAGAAAUCAAACACCAAAGAACGCCCAGCAAACUGGUGCCCGGGCUCUGUACGGUUUUGUUGGGCAUAAUCUACGAGUUCUCCACCAAAGACUCUCCUAUACCCAGAGUUACCCUGCAUAAGCUACUCCUUGAGCAACUUGGAAGGGAGCAAUACAUCGACAAGAUUACAAAGCUGAGAGAGUGUCCUUUGGUGCGCGAUUUCGAGGUCCUGCCACAGAAUUCUGCGGGCCAGGUGGAAGGCUUGCCAGAGGUGUUCUUCGAUCGAUCCUUCGUCGAGUUUCUCAAAGACAAUUUCAGCCGGCUAAUUCGAGCUAUCGAUCGUGAGCCAGGCUUCGAAAUUUCUAUCGUUGCUAAUGGUGUUGAAAAGGGCGUUUCGCGAGAUCUUGUGGACUCUUUGCGUGCAGAGCUUGAAGAUCGGAGCCAGAGCAUUCAAAAGCUAGAGUCCAGCCUUAUUGACAUCCAACGGAGACUUGAUCAAGAGCAUCUGGACCAUCGGAAGACGAAAGAGUCAAGUUCACAUGAGCUUGCUAAAAUUCAGCAUCAUCAUCAGUCUCUCCAGGGCUCACAUGAGCAAGUGUUGUCGAAGUUGGAAGAGCAGCAUAAGCAAUCCAAAAACGAGCUCCUCAAGCAACAUGGUGAACAGCUCCGCGCCAUUGAUAACCAGCUGAAGCAAGCCUCAGCUGAGUAUGAAAGAAAGAGCACAAAAGUGCGCGAGCACCACGAAAAGGAGGUUGCUGGCCUGCAAAAGACCAUUCGUGGAAUGGAGUCAGAGCUUUCCAAGGUUCGUGAACAACAUGGAGGCGAGGUUGCGGCCCUGAAAAAGACAAUCCAGGAUCUGGAGUCCGACAUUAGUCAGUCCAAGGGAGCUAGCGCAAAGCAGGUAGCAGAUCUCCGUCAGAAGCUUCAGACCCUCGAAUCUACUUUCGCUUCCACCAAAAGUCAGCACGAGAGCGAAGUCGCCAGCUUCAAGACUACAAUUGCUACUCUGGAGUCGAGUCUGGGCGCUGCUCAGGAAAGACAUGAAACCGAGAGUGCCGAACUCAAAAAAUCUGUGGAAGUCGUCAAAAAUGACCUUGAAAAAGCCCAUGAGAAAUAUAGUCAGGAUCUUGAAACAGCCAAUGAAGGAUUCACAUCCAAGUUCUCUACGCUGGAGAAACGCGCUGUCGAGGCUGAGCGCCAGACAAAGGAAGCAGAGUCACAAGCCAAGGCUGCCGCUGAGGCGCUCAAAGAACUUCAAAUCAAACUCGAAAAGGCUCAGGCCGAAGCCAAGGAGAAGGAGGAAGCACGACAAGCAAUUCAAUCAGAACUUGAUGACCUCUUAAUCGUCUUCGGCGAUUUAGAGGCCAAGAGGGCCGAAGAUAAAAAACGUCUCAAGGACCUUGGCCAAGAAGUGUCUGAAGCAGAGGAUGAAGAUGACGAAGAUGAGAACGAAGAUGAAGAGUAG